UGAUAUUUGACCUUUGAACGCCAGCUUUCCCGAUUUCCAAUCAGAAUGCAAACAGUUUGCAACUGACUCACAACGAAGCCACUUGAGAUUGUGCGAGUUUUUUUUCAACUUCGGUGUUCUAUUUUUCGUAUCUCCCCUGCAGCUUGUGAGCGUCUUGGAAUGCUGAAUGUGUUUCGCCAGCAGUAUUAUCGAAGCGCACAGGAAGUUAUUUAUAGCGCCGCCGGAUUUGGAUCACUCCGAUCCAGCCACGCCCACGAUUUCGGCCAGAACCAAGAUGUCGAGGGGGAAAUCCCGCCUGCAAACCGAAGUUUGUGGCGAUUGCGGAGCUGGUGAUCCAUCGUGGGCGAGCAUCAACCGGGGCAUACUCCUCUGCGCCGACUGCUGUUCCGUGCACCGCAGUCUGGGCAGGCACAUCUCCAUUGUGAAGUCUCUACGACAAGGAAACUGGGAGCCAUCGGUAUUGAACUUUGUCAACUCACUGAACGCCCAUGGAGCCAAUAGCGUGUGGGAGCACCAUCUGCUGGAUGGCAGCACCAAUUCCACUGGAGGCAAGCAUGUGCCACGCUGGCGGAAACCCACGGCCAAGGAUGCACUCCAUCCCACCAAGUCCGAUUUCAUCAAGGCCAAGCAUGUGAAUCUUACGUUCGUGCUAAAACCCAGUCUCCAAGAUGAUGAUGAUGGCAACGGCUCUGUGGGCAGUCUGGAGCAGGAACUGAGUAGGCAACUCCAUGCCAGCGUGAGGACCAGCAAUCUAGAGACCUCACUGCGCUUCUUGGUCCAGGGUGCAGAUCCCAAUUACUACCACGAGGACAAGCUAUCAACGCCACUUCACAUGGCUGCCAAGUUUGGCCAGGCGUCGCAAAUCGAGAUGCUGCUCAUCUAUGGAGCCGAUGUGAAUGCCUUGGAUGGCAAUGGGAUGACUCCUCUGGAACUGGCCAGGGCCAACAAUCAUAACACAAUUGCCGAAAGACUGCUUGAUGCCAUGUACGAUGUCACCGACAGGAUCAUCACCUUCCUGGGUGGCAAGAAGCCCGAUCAUGCGAGUGGCCGGCACAUGAUUAUUCCGGAUGCCAAUGGCGCCGACAUAAGCGAGCAGCUAAAGAUUGCCCGUGGAAAGCUGCAACUCGUGCCAAAUAAGAUGUUUGAGGAGCUGGUCAUGGACCUAUACGAUGAGGUGGACAGACGCGAGUGCGAAGCCAUCUGGUCGACAAGCACCCUGAAUGCUGAUCAUGCAACUGUGCCAUUUUUGCCGGCUAAUCCAUUUUUGAGCGCCACGCGCAAUCAGGGUCGUCAGAAAUUGGCACGCUUUAAUCGCGCCGAGUUCACUGGUCUGUUGACCGACGUACUCGUGGAUGCAAUGAGGCGGCAAAAUAUGGCCAACCUGCGUCCAAUGGAUGCCCCGCUGCCCGGGCACCAGUCGCUGCAAUCGCUGCCGUAUGCCAACAACUCAAUGCUGCUCGGCUCGUUCGAUCCGAAUCUGUCGGACGACGAGCCCAUUUAUGAUCCGGUGGCCAGCGAUGAUGACUAUGCCCCAGUGCCACCAAUGGCCCAGCAGGCUAUUGUGCAUACGCCACCGCGCAACGCGAAUUCGCACAACGAAAUGGAAACGCUGCGCAAACAGCUCAGCGAUUACAAAUCGGAGAUCAAUCAGCUAAAGAACGUGGUGCAGAUGCUGUCCAGCGAGAACUCGCAGCUCAAGUCCAAGUUCACGAGCGCAUCCAACAACAGCGUGUACGAUGAGCCACUUCGCAUUGAUCUGAGCCUGAGCAGUCCGGAUACAGAGCACGAACCUCUGUCGCUGCCUGAAGGGGGGACUGGCCAUGUGGAAAGCGGCUCCUCCAAUGAUUCAUCCAACCAGUCGACCAUCAAGCGUCCAGCCAGCAUGUACGAGCGUCGUUUGGUUCCCAAUGUGGCCAAGGGCCAUACGGAUAUACGCAAUACGACCAGCAUGUACCAAAUGGCUGGGGAUGGCAAGCCUUUUGGUGAGGAGGUCAAAGUGCGCUCGGACUUGGUGACGCGCUGCCUAAAGGAGCUGAUAAGAGCAAUGCAGCCAGUGCCCGAGGAUCAAAAGCAAUCGAUUGCUCCGCAUGGAGAGCUCAUUCGCAGUGCCGUGACUGAUUUAAUUGCCCUCUAUGCCAAUUUGCCGCCGAAUGCCAGUGACCCGACUCGCGAGACCCUCAAAUUGCUGACCCGCCAGAACAUUCUCAUCCAGCACGAGUGCGAGAAUCUGCAGAAAGCCAUCGAGGCGGAUGACAAGCAGGCCAUACAGAAGAACACGUUGGAGGUGCGCGACUGCGCCUUCCACAUUGCCAGUGCCAUAAAGACGUUGGUGUUGCAGUUUUAUUGAGGCGCCCCAUAUACAAUCGACAUAGAUGUUUGACUCACUCUCUUUGAAGUAUUAACCAACCACUUUAGUGCCCUGCUGACUAACAAAAGUGCUUCCGCCAAAUAAUUUAAAGAAUCCCCUAUACAUAUAGUUUAUGUAUUUAAUAAAUGUUUACAUAAAUCAAUGUACUUCGUUCAAUAUACA